ACAAAAGUAAAUGCACCCAAUAUAUACACAAAUACUUUAAUUGUUUCCAAGUAAUUUUAUUGGAACUUUUGAAGGAUAAAUAAAGAAGAGAGAUAGAGAUCUAGAGAGAGAGAGGACAGAUGAGUAUCACCGAGUCAUAUCCGCCGGCUUUCCGCCGUGUAAUCAACGACGGAGCUCCAUCAGGUACGGCGGAGAUCGAAUCGGUUCUUGUCCAGGACAAGGAUAUAGACAUCCCGGUUAUCGAUUUUGAGUGUUUGGACAAGGAUAUACUAACAGAGGCAUGCAGAGAGUGGGGAAUAUUCCGUCUAAAGAAUCACGGAGUACCGUUGCCGUUGAUGUCACAGCUUCAAGAGAUCUCGGAAUCGUUGCUGAGUCUACCGUUUGAGAACAAACAGAAAUUAUUCGCCGCCGUUAACUCUCCGAUGUCGUAUUUCUGGGGAACACCUGCUUUGAAUCGUUCAGGAGAUGCACUGAAGAGGGGAGCUCAAGCUUCGAACGUAAGUAUGGUCGAAGGUUUCAACGUUCCUCUCUCGAAGCUUCCAGCUUCUACUUCCUGUGACGAUGAUGCUCAACAUUCAGAGUUAGAAUCUUUCAGAGUGUUGAUAGAGGAAUAUGGAAGGCACAUAACUAGAAUUGCUGUAUCCUUGUUUGAAGCUAUAGCACAAACACUGAACCUAGAAUUAUCCAGUCACCAGAGGUCAGGAUAUUUAUUGGAGUCAACAGGGCUCAUACGAGUUUACCGCUAUCCUCCUAGCGACAAGACAGCUGGAGAAGUACUGGGAAUGGAAGUCCACACAGAUAGUUCGGUGAUCUCAAUACUCAAAGAAGAUGAAACUGGAGGGCUUGAGAUCAUGAAAGAUGAAGAAUGGUUCCGUGUAAAACCUGUUGCUGAUACUCUCAUCGUCAAUCUAGGAGAUAUGAUGCAGGCGAUAAGCGACAACGAGUACAAGAGUGUCGAGCAUAGAGUGAAGAAAAAGGAUAUGACGACAAAGAGACACUCGGUGUGUUAUUUUGUAUUCCCACAGAGAGAUUAUGUGAUAAAGUCAUCAAACUAUAAGCCAUUCACGUACUCAGAGUUUGAAGCUCAAGUUCAGGCCGAUGUUCAGUCACUUGGGACCAAGAUCGGCCUUCUUAGAUUCACCCCUGAAUCUCCACUCUUUCUCUAGUCUUGUCGGAAAAUUUUAGCAUGUAAGAGCAUGUCCAGCGCUUAGACUCAAUUUGGGUGUCUGAUUUAUAUAUUAUUAUAUCAUUUUGUUAUAACCUUUUCAGAUAAGAAUUAAAACCAAAAAAUAAAACCAAUGAGAAAAGGACAAUAAUCAAUUGAAG